CUGGGGGGGGCCACGGGGCCGGCGGGUAUAAAGGCCCCAAGUGCAGGCGCCCAGGACGUGGGCAGACUCGAGGAGACCGCUGCCAGGAGCCUCGACACCAUGCUGCCGUGGCUGAGCCUGCUGCUGUGGUGCGGCGCCUGCCGGGCCAGCCAGAUGUACGGGGCCGGGCGCGGCUCCUACUGCUCGGUGCCCGAGAGCAGCGACAGCGAGAUCACCGCCAUCCGCGUGUACAUCGGCGUGGCCGGCCUCAUUAAGGGGAUCGAGCUGAAGCAAGGCCCCGCCUGGAGCGCCACGUGCGGGGGCAAGGACGGCAUCCCGCAGGAGUUCGCCCUGUGGCCGGGCGAGCACAUCACCUCCGUGUACGGCUCCAGCAAGAGCUUCUUCCGCUACCUGGUCUUCUACACCGACCUCGGGCGCUGGGUCUCCUUCGGGCAGGAGGCCGGACGCACCUUCGCCGCCGCGCCCGACCAGCCCGGCAAGGUGCUCACCGGCGUCUCGGGGCAGCACAGCCUCCUGGGCCUCACGGGCCUGGGCUUCAUCUGGGGCUACCCGCUGGUGCAGCUGUCCACCCCGAGCACCAACAGCACCUCUGGGUAAACGGCUG